UUUCAGCUUCUUUCAUCAGGAAAUGAUUAGACAGACAACCACACUCCUAUCACCUUUGACCUUUAGACCUUAAACAUGGAGCACACAGACCUGAUGAGCUUGAGGAAACAAAGGCGACGUGACGGUUUGGCUCACAAGAAUUCAGCACUUGUAGUUUCUGAUCAUUGAAGCAGCAUGAGUGAGAGAUCAUAGCACCUUUUUGUGUGUGUCCUUGUUGAGAUAUUACAAGGGAAACAUGUUUUUUCCCUUCUCCUGGAUCCUGGGAGCUCCUGAAUGGACGUCUUUUGAUUCAAACCCAAUUGACUGUUUUUUUCAAGGUCUUGUGGGUGCAUGUGGAAUAUCAGUGCUGUUCAAUUUGAUGAGAGUUUACAACUUCAUCCAGACAUGCAGUGAUUCUGAUACUGAAACUGAAACUGAAAGCAAACAGAGGUCAUCCUCACCUGGCCAUCUUCUGAGAGGGACCUGGGCAACAGCUCUGCAGUUCUGGUCCCUGACGGUCCUCCUGUCUCUGGUGGGCUCGAGGGUUUCCUCUCUGAUAGUGCUGGAGUUUUCUCUCAGAGCUGUUUCUGCCUGGGUAUCAGCAAGACUGGAUGCCAAUGGCAGAGGCCUAGACCUGCUCCUGAUCCAGUGCCAGUUCUCCCUGGGCUGCGGCCUCACCUGUACUCUUGACUUCCUCCAUAAGGGGGCUCCACGCAGCUCCAUCAGCUUGUUUCUGGCUGCUGCUCUCAGCUGGGCACUGGCAAGUGUCAGCCGCAGUCUGUGGAGCCAUGUGGCCAAACUCUACCCACUGCAUAGCAGAGAGCGUUACUGUGGGAAGUGCAUCACCCUCCUGGCCUCUGGACACACCAUACUGGCCUCGCUACAGACAGCGGUUGUCUUGGCCUUUGCUCUAGCAGCUGCGGCUUCCACCGCUACGGUUUAUGACCACUUCCUGUCCCAGAAGGAUGCUCUAAAGUUUUGGAUUCCACUGACACUCUGCUACACCAUGUUGGUGGUCUACAUUCAAGAGGACCAGCAGCGGCACACUGGCACACAGGCCCUGCUGCACACUGUCGUGCUGCGACUGGGAGCCUUACUGGUGCUCAUGCUGACCGUAGGCGACUGGUCGGAUGUCCUCCACGUCCUCAUCACGUUCCUGGGUGAAGCAGUCAGUCUGCUGCCCUCUCAGGACCUGCUGCAGGCCACAUUACAGGUCUGUGUUAAUCAUCUCUUACACUCACAGGGAUUUUACAAAUAUAUCUUAUGUCUCCCUUUUUUUACAAAACAUCAUCAGAUGACAGUUGAACCCGAAAUCUACCUCAAAUACCAGACACUACCUCGAAUGUAA